ACACACUUCCUCUCCCACUCCGGCACCUUGCCAUCUUGCGUCUUGCUGCUUGCUAUCCUCCCCUCCUCCUGUCCUCGCUCUAUCUUCUAUACUAUUAAAUCCACCCCCUUCUUUGGAUGUCCUUUUUUUUCACACAAUAUUCUCCUCACCCUGGUGCUCUCUUCAUUGUCCUCGCCUUCCGAUCCAUUCCUGCCCCCUUGCUGGUCCGUCCCUUAUCUCUUGACCUCGUAUGACUGUGACCUAUUUGACCCCAUUCUGCGCGACUGAACGGAGGGCAUCAUCUCUCCCACUCGUUCACCCUCCAAGACCCAGCAUCCACAAGAGAUGUGAUCGGUGAUCCACCCGAUCUCUGGCUGCCGAAUCCUGAUACAACGAGACUCCCCACCUAUUUGCGAUCAUCCACUGUGCGCCCUCGGCCAGCCCAUUCAUCAUGGCGACCGUCGUGGUUCAGCAGCAGCAUACAUUGCAGCAUUCGACCCCGCCGCCUUCACCUAUUCCCACUGCGCUCGCCAUCCCCCACCGAGUUAGCCCAAUCCCGAACAAGCAUCUGCCCGUCUGCCCAACUGGGCCCUCCCCAUCGGGGCCUGCCUCCCAAGAGUCCCCGGGGCUCCGAUCGGCCAAUGACCAGACGUCCUCUCUCCUGUAUCCCCCAGAGGGCUUCGUACGUCUGUCGCGCCCGCCAUCACCAACGGUCUAUGCCCUUGAUGGCGAGAAACUGGCUGCUGCAUUGAAUCACUUGGCAGCACAGCCUCUGCCAGAUCCAUCGCAAAUGUUCCCCUGGCUGCACGGUCUGCAUCCGGACAACCAUCUGCAGUUGGGCUUCUUCUCCAGUCGCAAGCGCUCGCUGCGUCGAACCCCGAAAUGCUGGCGCGGCAUCACUGUGAUCAAGCUCGGUGGAGAUCUGAGCAAGGCACGCAUCAAGGGUGCUGUGACCGCCCAAGAGGUGAUAACUCCCUCGGCACGCUUCUUGAUGUGCGAUCCACCCGAGGGAUUUUCGGUUCGGAACUUCCAGAUCCAGACGGCCAAACUGGCUGCAAUGUCAGAUAUUGUGGUCUAUGCCGAAGAUGGAUCUAGUAGAUCCGAGUUGCUUGCGUUGGCGGAGGAUUUCGCAACGGCCCAGCAGGCCUGGAGACUGAAGCAUGAUCCCGCCCAGGAGCGUCCGGCAUACAACACCUUUGUCCUGACUAGUAGCCUUGCCGAGUUCGAAAAGAAAUGUCCCGAUAUGGUGGCGAUCGACUCUCAUGGCCAUGCCACGGGUCAAGUUAUGGACUUUUUUCAAUGGGAGCGAAUUGAGAUGUGCAGUAUGUCCCGAGCAUCAGAAAUUUCCGCCAAUGUCUUCCUUGGACCUACCCCAGAGUAUAUCCUGAGACCAGGCACUUGCCAGCCGCCCAAAGAGGAGGCCUAUGAUCUUUUGAUCGAAGCCAGCGAUUUGGCCAACAUCCCCGGUCCUCGACUUCUCGGCAUGAUUGACAAGCAACUCGAAGGCGGCACUCAGCGUAUGGAGUUUCCCUCGUCGGGUUCGAUCGUUCUUCCCUCCGGCAAUACCCGUGAAGUGGAAGACAUCGUCAAUACGAUCCGUUGGAUCUAUUACUUGGCAAACCCAGAACAGCCUGCCGAGGUAGUUGACCACGAAGGUGAUGUGGCCAUGACCCAAGCUGGAAAAAAGCCCUGCCGAGUGUUGAUUCACUGUGCCGAUGGAUACACUGAGAGCUCGCUGCUCGCCGUCGCAUAUUAUAUGUUUGCCGAGGGAGUUCCUGCCCCGGAGGCAUGGCUUCAGCUGCAUUGUAACAAAAAGCGCAACUUCUUUACCUACCCGACAGACGUUGCAUUCCUGAGCCACAUUCAGCCGCGUCUGUUGCAAGAGAGUCCUUCCUCGCAAUCUAUAGAUACAUCGUGUAUCUGGGAUCCCGACUGGUUCUUGAAGAUGGAUGGAUCUCUCCCUAGCCGGAUUUUGCCGUAUCUGUAUCUGGGUAAUCUCAACCAUGCGAAUAACCCGGACUUGUUGCGGGAGCUCGGCAUUCGACGUGUCUUGAGCAUCGGCGAGCCUGUCAAUUGGAGUCACGAGGAACGCCAUAAAUGGGGCGGUGACCACCUGAUGUUCAUUGACAAUGUGCAAGAUAAUGGCAUCGACCCUUUAUCAGAGGAGAUUGACCGGUGUCUGGAGUUCAUCGGCAAGGGAAAGAGCGAUGGAACCGCAACCUUGGUUCAUUGUCGCGUGGGUGUUUCCAGAUCGGCCAGUAUUUGCAUCGCUGAGGUGAUGGCCUCUCAGGGCCUGUCCUUUCCUCGUGCCUAUUGCUUUGUCCGGGCUAGACGGUUGAACGUGAUUAUUCAGCCCCAUCUUCGAUUUGUCUACGAGCUUCUACAGUGGGAACAACUGCAAAAGCAAAAGCGAGGCACCCCUUCAAAACGCGAGUUAGAAUGGGCGACCGUCUCGCGUGAGAUCGCUCUCCUGAACAAACCGUACUCGAGAACCUGAUUUACAGCACAAUGCUACCCUCAUACCGUCAGCCUCUUCUUCGAAACCCUGCAUACACUUCUCGAAGCUCCGACUUGAUAGGCCCGCUUUCGAUAUUCUUAAUAUUUGUUCGUUCACUUUGGUGAAUUUCACCGUUACCUUGCGCAUGGCCGAUUUUCAUCAUACCGGCUCCUUUUUGAUUUCUCUCCGGCCAUGCAGGACUUUUGGUUCUUUUCCUAUUAUAUUCGGACGAUUUGACACACGACUUUUUGAACGAGGGAUGACUUGUUGAUUGAUUUGUAUUUGAGUUUGGCGCUGGGCGUUGCGAGAAUUCCCCCGAUGGAUCGAUGGCAAUGAUCCAACCACAUGGAUUGACGAUGCAACGCUACAUCUUACCUUGACAAUUUCCUACCACACUUUUCCGUUUCGACUUUGCAACCAUGGCAGGUCAAUUUCCCUUUCUUCCAUGUCUCCGGGUUACGCACCGCUUUUACCUUUUUAUUUCUUCCGGGGACUUUCCGAUGCCUCAUUGUCCACACCAUCAGGCUGCAGAAUAUGGAUAAUUUGUGUUCCUUAUUGUACUUCAUCAUCUCUGAGGUCAGGAAUAUCGAGCGAUCAUCCCUACUGAUACAGGGUUUGUGGGCAGAUUUUUCGCGGUUCAUGGAUCUUAUGUGCCAAACUGACACCGCAUUUCUUUUUUUCUUUCUUAUCUUUUUUAUACCUUCAGGCUGUACUGGAUCAAGGCCAUGUGUUACAGGGUAUGGGCAAGGACGGGCAUGGUCAAUCGUCAGGACUACGGGAUCUACAGUAUCUUAUUUUGAAUGCUAUCCAGGGGUCUGGAGUUUUUCUUUGUCUUUGUAACUUGUAUCCUAUAUUCGUAACUGAUAAGUCUACGGUUCGUGCCGGGUUGUUUGGGACGCUUAGCAUCGCUCAAAUACUCUGUAAAGACCCUUUAGAUCGGCAACCUCGACUACUCCCUUAAGCAUUCGGGAUGUAGCAACCAAUCGCGAGCGAAUGGCCGGGAAGACAGCAUGCUCCAACAUUCUCAUCAUCUGCGCACGGCGCGCCUGGAUUAAUGGAUCUUCGUUCCAUUCUACUGGGUCCUCUGCGUUGGGUUGGGGGCGUUCCUGCCCGGCCUCCGUAAUGGGAUUCGCUGAAAGAUCCCUCGACGGCGGUGACGGGAGAACUGGGAGUUGCUCUGGUGUAUAAAAGGCAGCCAGCUCACGCAAGAAAGUACGGAAGCACUCCUCCUCGCCCGUCCAGUCCACGUACGGACCAAGACGAAGUAGGAAGCGCGGUAGCUUCGCUAGCGAUGGGACAUACCCCUUCAAGAGCAGCGGGAGCGUAAGCAACUCCCCGUCUUCACUGACUUUCAUCGAAAAGUACUCGUCAAGCAUCUCCCGUCGCUCGACCAGGGUCCGGGAGAUUGAUUCCGCGGCCUUGACCAGAAUGCUGGCAGCUUCCGGUUUAUUUCCGUCUGCUUGUUCCUCUGUCUCGGCAUCAACUGCAAUUUUCAGUAGAUCGACCAGCUUCGGCGGUGGAUCUAGGGUGAUCACACCGAAGUUUCCAAAAUCUGUUAGGCCGACUUGGUAGAAUAAUUCGUUGCAUGCGAGUCCAUAGUCUACCAGGUAGAGUUUCACGCCAGAUUGAAUGGCGACGAGACGGCGUCGCUCGUCUACCAGGCCGACGUAUGUGUGUGACGCAAACAUCUCGGUCAAUGUGUUGUGCAUGGUGGCACGAACGGCGCUGCGGAGAUUUUUGACAGAUGUCAGGGCGAUUCGGAGUGGCUGGCGAUCUGUGAUCUCGUACUGUAGUCCGUCAUCUUGAAUGGCGGGUGGUGGGAUGCCGGGCUCGGUAGAUAUACCCUGGCCAGACGGUGAUGGUACGGGUGCGGGAGUGAGCAUCGAGGUGAUUUUGCGGAUUUUGGAGUCCGUUCGGACUAGAUUAUUUUCGUAUGGGCGUUUCAUUGGUGCCGGUGUCUUGGGAGUAGCCGCUGCUUUCCCAUCCGCGGCAUCAUCUUUAGAUGAUGGUUGAAGUGUUUCGAUGGUCUGUACGCCCGGAAGGAGACUUUGAGUGAGAAAGGUACGACUCGAGUCGACUUGAGCUAAUUUGGACCUGAUCUCGUCGCAGACCAUCUCGAUGAUCUCGUCUUCGUUCAAAAAGUUGACCUCCCUCUUCGUCGGGUGGACAUUGACAUCGACGCGAUUGGGUUCGAUCUCUAGGUCGAGAUACAGGAAAGGAUGGCCACCUUUAGGCAAGAAGGCUGAGUAGGUCUGUUCCACGGCCCGUUUGAUUGCGGUCGAUUCGACGGCGCGAUGGUUGAUGAAGAGGAGGAUAGCGGUCUUCUUAACAUGGUAGUUGGCGUUUGUCGCAAGACCCGAAGCACGAAAACCAAGCUUAUCUUCAGAGACUUUGAACUCGACCAACUCGUUGGCGACCGCGCUACCGUGAAUUUGGCGAAUCCGGUCAAUUGUAUUGGCAACUGACGGGGUCGAGAUACUGACCCCUGAAUCGCCAUGCUUGCGACAUGAGAAAGCGACUCCAGCACAGUGUACCGCAUACCUGCCGACCACGUCGAGGAUCUUGGCAUACUCUUCACUUGCUGAGCGAAAGGCGCGACGACGAGUGGGAACAUUGUAGAACAAAUCCUCC